CAAGUGCAAGGUUUGGAAAAUUGCAAAUAUUGCAUGAGUAUAAAAAACGCGGCAACAGUCGAGGUAUCAUUCAAGUCGUCGACAAGAAAAUAAUCAACAUGAACCGCCUGGUACUCCUGUUCGCGCUGGUCGCCAUCGCCUACGCCACACCGGUGCCGAAUAUGAUUGAUGUCGACGUCAAGACUCCCUUAGGAAAAUUCGAGGCUGAGGUAGGCAAGGAUGGACUCGAAGUAAGCUUGACUCCAUCCAAAAAAGUUAAAUCCGAUGUGGGCAAGUUCGUAAAAGGUCUAGCUGAUGCCGCCGAAAAGGGAGCCGAGGUAGUCGGUAAAAUCGGCGACGGCAUCGCCAAAGGUGUGGCCCACGUAGUCGACGGCGCUGCAGACUUCGCACACAAUGUGGCCGAUGGCGUCGGCAAUGCACUCGACAACGUGGCUGAAGCGAUACGUAAAAACCGUGAAGAAAAUAAAUUAAGAAAUCAUUGAGACAGAGACAUCUCAUGUCGACCAGGAGCCUCAACAGAUGGAUGUUGAAGUUACUCUGAUGUCACCAAUGAUGACGACCGGCCUGUAACUUUAUUGAAUGGUUUUUUAUUACCGUUUACUGUUUUCUUUGUUAAAUUAUUUUAUGUUUUACUUAAUAUAUGUCUGAAGCAUU